GUGCUAGAGACUAGUGGGCGGUGCUAGUAGGCCCAGAAGCCGAGGCCUGAAGUAGUAAAUGUUACCCUGCAGGCGGUGAGGUGUCUGCGGGGAGCAGGAGGUGACAGGUUGGUGGGCAGACAGGAGCCAGGGCCCUCGCUUGCUGCAGCCAUGGCCAGGCAGAUGGGCCGAGAUCAGGGCCUGAAAGAGAAGGUGAAGAUGUUCCUCGGCCUGGGGCCUCCCCGAGGAAAAAGCAAGAACUCGGAAUGGAAGCAGCCGGAAUACAUCAUCACCGCGGAGCUGAUGAAGGAACUGCGCCCCGAGUCUCCCUUUCACGUCCGGAUCCGAGCGAUAAAUCAAGUUUGUGAGCUUUCAAAAACCAAAAAGUUUGAAGAGCACGCGGUUGAAGAUAUCUUGGUUUCUGUCGAUGACCUCCUGCAGCCGGAGCAACCUGCCGAGGGACGAUACAACGUGCUGCAUUUACUGAAGGCCCUCGUCCUCGGACAGGGGGAAAGGCUCGGCAUCCUCCGCGCCCACUUCUUCCGCGUCAUAAAGGACUAUCCAACCAAUGAAGAUCUUGCGGGGAGAUUGGAGGUCUUCAAAGCGCUGACCGAUAAUGGACGCGACAUCGCGUAUCUUGAAGAGGAACUGGCCCCCUUUGUUCUCCAGUGGAUGGAAACGGAUUUAAACCCCGGCUUCCUGCUUGUGCUUGUGAACCUGGUGAAGUUCCACAGCUGUUACCUGGAAAGCUACAUCGCUCCCAUGGUGCAGAUGAUUUGCCUGCUCUGUAAUCGCACCGCGUCCACCUACGACAUCGAGGUCUCCUUGAAGGUUCUGGAUGCCGUCGUCUGUUAUAACUGCCUCCCCUCGGAGAGCAUCCCCACUUUUGUCAUCACGCUUUGUCGCACCAUUAAUGUCAAGGAGCUCUGUGAGCCUUGCUGGAAGCUGAUGCGAAACCUUUUGGGGACCCAUCUUGGCCACAGUGCUGUUUACUCAAUGAGCCGGAUCAUGGAAGAUAGAGUCUACAUGGAAGACGCUCCUUUGCUGAGGGGAGCCGUGUUCUUCGUUGGGAUGGGUCUAUGGGGAGCUCACAGGCUCUUCUGUUUGAAGAACUCCCCUAUAUCCGUGCUUCCCUCUUUCCUUAAGGCCAUGACGUGUCCAAAUGCGGUGGUUUCCUAUGAAAUCGUUCUGUCCGUCACGAGACUCAUCAAGAAAUACGGGCGAGAAGUGCAGGCGGUCACUUGGGACGUUCUCCUGCAUAUCAUCGGGCGACUGUUCCAGCAGCUUGUGGAUCUACGAAGUCAGGAGUUAAAGGUGGCUGUUCAUAACCUGUUAACCUUGGUGGAAGAGCUCUACGAUCAGAAUGAAUUUCAUGGAGACGAGGAGCGGCUUUUUGAGCUGGUAGAAAGAAGCUCAGAUGAGCGGCCGGCCACAUCCGUAGUAAAUCUCAUAACCUACAGAGCCCGAGCCAUUCAUCCCGGGAAGGAAGGUUGGAUUCAUGAUCUGCAGAAACUUAUGGACAGAUACUUCAGGAAUGAAUCUCGCAGCAUUGUUCGGAUGAAGGUGUUAGAUGUUCUCUCCUUCGCGCUGAGUAUCAACCGCCAGUUUUACGAGGAGGAACUUAUUGAAAAAGUGGUCACCAGCCAGCUAGCCCACAUACCUGAAGAUAAGGACCACCAAGUUCGGAAGCUUGCCACCCAACUCCUGGUCGAUUUGGCUGAAUGUUGCCACUCUUGCCAUUUUAACAGCUUGAUGGACAUCAUCGAGAAGGUUGUUACUCGUUCUUUGUCUACACCGGCGGAGUCUUGGGGACAGGACGCUUCUUCGUUGGAAGACGUGAAGACUUCGGUCCUUGGGCUGAUGGUUAUCCUGCAGACCAAGCUCUAUAGUCUUCCAGCUAGCCAUGCCAUGCGCGUGUACGAAAUGCUGAUAAACCACAUCCAGCUGCAUUACAAAUACCCCUACAGUUCACCCAUAGCCAGCAGCAUCCGCCUGCAGGUCUUUGAUUUCCUCCUCCUCCUCCGAGCAGACUCUUUGAGACGGGUCGGUCUUCCCAACAAAGACGGUGCUGUCCGCUUCAGCCCCUACUGCCUCUGCGAAUCUGUGAAUGAUCUUGAGAAAAGACCAAAUGAACGCAAGCAAGCAGGGGCGUCCUCUCCGCCGGCUGGCAGCCCAAGCCUCCCUUCGCAGAGUGGGAGUCCACGCAUGGGGUUUCUGCCGUAUUCUCUGGCAUUUGGGGUCCUCCUGCAGUGUCUGAGACAGGAAACCGACUGGAAGGUUCUAAAACUGGUGCUUAACAAGCUGCCAGAGUGCCUUCGCUACAAGGUCCUCAUUCUGUCAUCUCCUUGCAACAUCGACCAGCUCUCUGCACUUCUCUGCACCAUGCUUACCGACCGAAAUGCGAGUGAUCGCCUUCACAACACUCCAGAAGGUUUCUCCCGAACUGAUCUGCAGCUGGCCGUCGUUCCUGUUUUGACGGCGCUAACCUCUUACCACCCUAACCUCGACACCCUGAAACAGAGAGACAUGGUACGAGCUCUUGAAAACGGCCUGAUAUACCGCUGCGCUAAGCAGUGCGUGGUAGCCUUGUCCAUGUGCAUGAUCGAGAUGCCAGGGAUCCUGAUUAAAUCCCUUCCUGUCCUCAUCGUGAAGUUGACCCACAUCUCGGCCACGGUGACCAUGGCCAUCCCCAUGCUGGAAUUCCUGUCGACUUUGGUUCGGUUACCUCACCUUUAUGGUAACUUCGCGGCAGAGCAGUAUGCCAGCGUGUUUGCCAUCUCCCUCCCUUACACCAACCCGUCCAAGUUCAAUCAAUACAUUGUGUUCUUGGCCCACCAUGUGAUCGCUAUGUGGUUUAUCCGGUGCAGGUUGUCCUUGAGGAGGGACUUUGUGCCCUACAUAACCAAGGGUUUGCGCUCCAACGUUCUUCUGAGUUUUGAUGAUACCCCCGAAAAAGGUAGUUUCCGCGCACGCAGCACCAGCCUGAACGAAAGGCCCAAAAGUUUGAAGCUAUCCAAACCCACAAAGCCAGGCUUGAGUGACACCUCCCCAGUUAAAGAAAUGAGAGAUCUUUCCAACGCAUUCCGAUCUCGCAGCAUCAGUGUAUCGGAACGCGCUGCGUACAGCCGCAUGCAGACCUCCAUUACCAGCUCUAGCUUGAGCUCGGCAGAUGAAAGCUCCAUGGCCCAGGCUGACGAUAGCUUGAAAAACCUACAUCUGGAGCUCACUGAAAUUUGUCUGGACAUGAUGGCACGAUAUGUCUUCUCAAACUUUACCGCCGUGCCCAAGAGGUCGCCGGUUGGAGAGUUUUUGUUGGAUGGCGGGAGAACUAAAACAUGGCUGGUCGGAAACAAGCUGAUUACAGUGACGACGAGUGUGGGAACUGGGACACGAUCCCUUCUUGGUCUUGACACUGGAGAGACGCAGGUUGACCCAGAAUCUAGCUUAGGCAUGCAGACAGAACAUCCAAGAGAAGCCUCCUCUGUCCACGACCUCCAGGCAAGAAAGGGUAUGCAAACCCCGCAGCCCAGAGUCCGCUCCAUGUCUGGUGGACAUGGUCUGCGAGCUGGCUCAUUAGAAGGCUCAUCAAUAUCCUCACAUCUAGGCCAGUCUGGUGGAACUCCAACUUCGGGGAGGGAGAGGGUUCCUCGUAGGACUCAAGUCAAGCAAGAGAAGGCCACGCUUGCAGACUUUGUGCCGGUUCUGACCCAAGGCUGGGCAGAGAUCCUAGUUCGCAGGCCAACCGGUAACACAAGCUGGCUAAUGAGCUUGGAGAAUCCUCUUAGUCCUUUUUCAUCUGAUAUCAACAACAUGCCCCUUCAAGAGUUGUCCAACGCAUUAAUGGCUGCUGAGAGGUUUAAAGAGCAUCGGGAAACUGCUCUAUACAAAUCUUUGUCCAUGCCAGCUUCCACGCUGUCUAAAGCCUCACCCAAGCCCACUGUCCUACAACGGUCAAACACGGUGGCUUCUGUCUCUCUCGCAUCCCAGUCCAGUUGUCAAGGGAAGCUGCUUAGGAGCAUUUCCUGGGCAGAGUCGCCUGUUGUGCCCGAGGAAGGAUCCCAGCUAGAUGGAGAAGCGGAGGAUAUGGGUUCUCCUGCUGGUUCCCAGGAACUGGAAGAUUUUGAGGCUGUAACUAAUGAAGAGGCAUCGGGUGAUGGCAAACCAGAGAAAAAAGCAGACAGAAUCAGCAGAUCCUCAUCUACAUCCAGUCAAGAAGAUCCUGCAGCUCCCCAGCUAGAAGACUCUGAAAGUCGAGGGAUCCCCAUUGGACAGGCACGAGAGAUUCCAUUCCAACCUUCUCAAACUUUGAGCAAAUCGAGCUCGUCCCCAGAACUUCAAACUUUGCAGGAGCUCCCCAAAGAACCCGACACAAAGGAGGAAGUCCAGACGCAAGACCCAGAGUCCAAACUACAAACUAAAGUGAACCGCGCAGAACCAGAGGCUCCCCCAAGCCAGAACAGCAACUCAGAACUAGAUGACAGUGCUGGAAAAACUCAGAAGCUGGCAACCAGCUCCAAGUUAGAACCAGAAACACCAAACCAGUCUCCACAGUCACCUAGUGGAUAUCGACCUAGAGGUCACACCAUUUCAGACUCCGAGCCUUCAAGAAGGGGCAGAAGGAUUAAUGCUGAUGCUUUCAAAAACAGUACAAAAUCCUCCAAAGCGGAGAAAGUGCCUGGAAUUGACCCAAGCUUUGUGUUUUUGCAGUUAUAUCAUUCUCCUUUCUUUGGCGAAGAGUCAAACAAGCCGACCCUCGUCCCAAACACCCAGACAUUUGAAAGGACAAUGAAGCUGCUGGAUCAGAUCCCAUCCUAUGACACGCACAAAAUCGGUGUUCUCUAUGUUGGAGAGGGGCAGGUUGACAACGAAAGGGCAAUCCUGUCCAAUGAACAUGGUUCUUACAGAUAUACACAGUUCCUAACUGGGCUGGGAAAAUUAAUUGAGCUGAAAGACACUCAGCCCGAUAAGAUCUUCCUAGGAGGCCUGGACGGCUGUGGGGGCGAUGAUGGUCAGUUCACCUACUGCUGGCACGAUGACAUCAUGCAAGUGAUAUUUCAGAUCACCACCCUGAUGCCCAACAAGGAGAUUGAUCCAAGCAGAUGCAACAAAAAGAGACAUGUUGGAAACAACUUUGUCAACAUAAUCUACAAUGACUCUGGCGAGUUCUACAAACUGGGCACCCUCAAGGGUCAGUUCAACUUUGUAGAUGUCAACAUUCAGCCGCUGGACUGCGAGAGUAACCUGGUGACCUUACAAUGCCGCAAAGAUAUGGAAGGCCUUGUUGAUGUCUCUGUGGCCAAAAUUGUCUCUGAUAAAAACCUGCCGUUCCUGGCUCGUCAGAUGGCUUUACAUUCAAACAUGGCUUCACAGGUUCACCAUAGUAGAUCAAACCCCACGGAUAUCUAUCCUUCCAAAUGGAUAGCACGGCUGAGGCACAUUAAGAAGAUGAGACCUAAGAUUCACAAUGAGUUGAUGGAAAUGAAUGCGAAUUUACCAUACCCAAUCCAGGUCCUUUCCAACAAGCCUCCCCCACAGAACCCUCAGAAUCCAAAUGGAGCCUUUGAAACGGGGCAGAGAACGAGACUGAUUUCUGCCGUGGAUGACUUUACGGAGUUUGCAUAGUGAGCUUUACGAAGGCACCAAGAGCCUCAGGACCUUACUGUACGAAUAGUAGAUUUAAGUCCUGGCCAAAGAAAUGUGAGGAACAUAAGGUUUUUCAAAGUUUCCUUAUUAAAGACACUUUAGAAUUCCAGAAUUUGGGGCCACACGGAUUGAAAUCUUCCUGGGUGUCUGGAAACCUUUGUUUUACAAAAGACUCAAACUAAAUUAUUUUCAGUAUAUUCAGAGUCAAAAAACAUUAAUUUAUUAAUGAUUACUUGUCUGCGUCCAGAGAUUUCCUUGUUCUUGAUACAUUUUUUUGCAGUGAGAGGAGAUCUUUUUAGUCCAAUAAUAAUAUGCUCUUUUUGUGUGUUUUUUUUUUUCUUCCUGCAACAUGCUCAAUUAAACACAAAGGAAAAUCUA